CAGCUCACGUGUCCUUUCUCUCCUUUGCCUCCCCCCUCCCCAACUCUCCCCAUCUCUCUCCCUCACAUCAUGUUAGACUCUUGUAUCCAUCACUGCAGAGCCAGGAUGGAGAAAUUUCCGUAUCCUUCCUGCCUGUUCCUGGCUCUUCACUGGUUUUGAUUUUGCCUCUGCAAAACAUUCUCGUCUCUCCUUUCUCUCUCUUUCCUCUCCGCUCCUCUUCCGACCACCUUCCUCCCCUCAGGAACAAUUCCGAGGAGAAAAAGAAGGAAGAGAGGCAAGGACCAGGGAGCAUCCCAGACUUUCAAUGCAAAGCAAAAGAAAAAGAAGAAAGGGCACUGAGACCUGUCUUCCUUGCAUGCUGUACCAACUGGUGCCAGCCCUGAUUCCGAUUAUGAAGGCAUUAUGAGCUGCCCGCUACAGAACUGGGUGUUGUUGACAGCCUUCCUCUUUCUGCUGCUUUGUCAUUCAGGUUUUGUAAAAGCGGAUACGCAACCUGGCGAUUUGCGGAGGCGGGUCCCGAAUGCCAGCUGGCGCAAAAGAUGGGGGGUUUCGGAAAUCACCCACCCCACCAGGCUAGUGGGACAGAGUUCUGGGGGAGAGGUCCAAAACCAUCAGCUGGACACCAGAGUGAGAAAAGAGCCUGGCAGCAGUGGAGGAGCAGGAGGUGGCGGAAAAGGAGAAAGCCCUAUUAUACACCUGGCCCAGGUGAGUUUCCUUGUCCAUGCCUUUGGCUCAGCCUUCACCUUGGACCUUGAGUUGAACCACCACCUGCUGUCUUCACAUUAUGUGGAACGCCAUUUCAGGGAGGAUGGAAACGGCAGCCACACCACGGGAGCCGGAGAGCACUGUUACUAUCAAGGCGGUCUCCGUGGGGAAGCAAACUCUUUUGCGGCUCUGUCCACCUGCCAUGGCCUCCACGGCGUUUUCUCUGAUGGAAAGGCCACGUACCUUCUGGAGCCUCACAAUUCACCUGAGCACCAAGAGGGUCCACUCCAGCAUCUGAUCUACAAGACACCUGUACCUCGCACUGCUCAGGGUUGCACGGAACCAGGGUGUUUAUUUGCUGAACUGAACUACUACAUUCCAUCUGGGCUCCCUAAAUUACGACGCCGGCGGCAGGUUCACCGAAGUCACCGAACUGUCCACAGCGAGACCAAAUUCAUUGAACUCAUUGUAGUUAAUGACCACCAGCUGUUUGAGCAGCUGCGUCGCUCUGUACUCCUUACCAGCAAUUUUGCGAAGUCUGUGGUGAACCUUGCUGAUGUGAUCUAUAAGGAGCAGUUGAACACAAGAAUUGUGUUGGUUGCCAUGGAGACAUGGGCAUCAGGGGACAAGAUCCAGGUAGACGAAGAUUCCCUGGAGACACUGAGUGAAUUCAUGAAGUACCGCCAGGAUGCUCUUCCUGAGAACAGUGAUGCUGUACAUCUCUUCUCCGGACACACUUUCAGAAGCAGCCGCAGUGGUACAGCAUACGUUGGAGGGAUUUGCUCAGUCACCCGAGGUGGAGGUGUCAACGAGUAUGGCAACGUGGGAGCAAUGGCUGUAACAUUAGCUCAGACCCUGGGGCAAAACAUUGGAAUGAUGUGGAACAAGCACCGUACCUCUGCAGGCGACUGUCGCUGUCCCGACUCAUGGCUGGGCUGUAUUAUGGAGGACACUGGAUUCUACCUGCCACGGAAGUUCUCACGCUGCAGCAUUGAUGAGUACAAUAAAUUCUUGGCUGAUGGUGGGGGAAGCUGUCUCUUUAACAAGCCACUGAAGCUCCUUGAUCCCCCUGAAUGUGGUAAUGGAUUUGUAGAGGCAGGAGAAGAAUGUGACUGUGGGUCUCUGGCGGAGUGCUCCAAAGGUGGGGGGAACUGCUGCAAGAAAUGCACAUUGACGCAUGAUGCUAUGUGCAGUGAUGGCUUGUGCUGCCGAGGGUGCAAGUAUGAGCCGCGGGGUGUAACCUGCCGAGAUCCCGUGAAUGAGUGUGACAUCCCUGAAACCUGCACAGGUGACUCCAGUCAGUGCCCACCCAAUUUGCACAAACAGGAUGGCUAUUUUUGUGAAAAUGAACAGGGCCGGUGCUACGGAGGCCGUUGUAAAACCAGGGACCGCCAGUGCAGUGCAUUGUGGGAUCGUGCUUCAGCUGAAAGGUUUUGCUAUGAGAAGCUGAAUGUUGAAGGCACUGAGCGAGGGAAUUGUGGGCGUGAGGGGAACCGCUGGGUGCCCUGCAUCAAGCAAGAUGUGUUGUGUGGAUACCUCCUCUGCGCCAAUGUGACCGGUUCUCCGCGUAUGGGCGAACUUCUUGGUGAAAUCACCACCAUGACUUUCUAUCACCAGAAGCGUUAUGUUGACUGCAGGGGCGGCCAUGUGCAGCUUGUAGAUGGCACGGAUGUGAGCUACGUGGAGGACGGGACGCCCUGCGGACCCAGCAUGCUGUGUCUUGACCACAAAUGCCUUCCUGUAUCCGCCUUUAACUUCAGCACCUGUCCAGGCAGCUGGGGUGGCCAGAUCUGCUUUGACCAUGGGGUCUGCAGCAAUGAGGGCCAAUGCAUCUGCUAUCCUGAUUGGACAGGAAAGGACUGCAGUGUCUAUGACCCUAUCCCAGAUCCAAAGCCCACAGGGGAGACAGAAAAGUACAAGGGUCCCAGCGGAACCAACAUCAUCAUUGGCUCCAUCGCUGGAGCAAUCCUGGUGGCUGCUAUCGUCCUGGGUGGCACCGGAUGGGGAUUUAAGAACAUUCGCAGAGGAAGGUAUGACCCGGCUCAGCAGGGCAUCUAAGCACCACCCCUCGCCGCCACCCCCUCCAUCGCUCAUCCCCUCCAUCCCACCAUCCGCAUCGCCUUCAUCCCGCACUCCCUGCUUGCAAUGAUCAUGUGGGUGGCUGAACCAGCUCUCUUGCGGAGGCCCCUCUCAACCAAGAAGAUCUCAUCUGCGCCAUCGCUUCUCUCCACGCAUCCAUCAGUGCUGGCAUCAGCAACGCUUUGCUCUCCAUUCCUUAGUUGGCUUGCGGGAGGAGGGCCUUUGGGCA